AUGAUCUCCGCUUUGCCUUCCUUCUUAGGCAGUGGUGCCUUACCAUCAUUCGGCAAUAACAUCAAAUUCGAUGAUAUCAUGCCAUUAGCCAUUCGAAUGGCUUUGAUCGGUUUACUCGCAGCUGCUGUAAGACAUUUCUUCGGAGUCUUCAAAGCUCAUCUGUCUGAUGCACUAUUCCCAACUGCCCAUGUGAAAGCUUCUGAUCCAGCAUUCGAAUGGAUCAUGUCAUAUCUUGCUCAAUCAAAGUCUGCUCAAAGACAACUCAAAUCUUUCAGAUUAUGGACUUCUGAUAACAGGCAAUCAAGAAGAGAUGAUUCCAAUAGACUGAAAACUAAGACUAGGAAAUCGGAAAAUUUGAGUGUCGCUAGAAAAGAUGCCACUUUCGUCGAUGAAGUUGUCGGUCAAAUGUUACCUGUUGACAAUCAAGCAAUAUACAUCAAUCAUGAAGGAACACAUUUAUGGAUAACUAGAAAAUCGAAAGAAUACGCUAAAAUUGAUAAGAGCGAUGAAGAUCAUCUUGAAAUCACGGGACUUCCUUUCCAGCCUGAAGCGAUCAGACAAUUUAUCAUUGAUGCUCAUGCUUCAUUUUUCAAAAAGACUGGUGAUGAAUUGAUGAUAUUCAAUCUUUCACCUUACAAUGGAGCUUGGUACGAUCCAAUUCAUCGUCCUGCUCGAUCAUGGAAUUCUGUCAUUUUAUCUGAAUCUCAAAAAGCACCACUUUUGGAAGAUGUCAAGAACUUCUUGUCUGACGAAGAGAAAUCAUGGUACAGUGCGAGAGGUAUCCCUCAUAGAAGAGGGUAUUUGCUCCAUGGAAAACCUGGUUCAGGUAAAACUACCCUUGCCACCUCAAUCGCUUCGCAGCUUGGUUUAGAUAUCUACAUAGUCAAUCCAGCUGCCAGAGGUAUGGAUGAUGGUAAAUUGAAUAAAGCAUUCAGGAAUUGUCCUCCACAAAAUAUGAUCUUGAUUGAAGAUAUCGAUUGCGUCAUGCCUCCCAGGCCCAGAAUAGGCGAUUCAAACGAGAUGGACGAUGACGAUAACGGUGAUCAAGAUCCUUCCGAUCUUGGUCAAUACGGUCUAGCUAGAUCUACAGUUACUUUAUCAGGUCUGUUGAAUGCCAUAGACGGUGUCUCGAGUCAGGAGGAUUGUAUCUUAUUCGCUACCACAAACCACCCAGAGAGACUAGAUUCAGCACUUUCCAGACCUGGUAGAUUCGACCUCCAACUCUCCUUUACUAAUUCAACUUUCGAUCAAGCCAAAAAUCUCUUCAAACAUUUCUUCCCUUUUUCAGAUUUCUCCAAAAACAUUCUAGAGCCUACUAACACAGAGCUCGUAGUAGAUGAGAAAUCAGAGUCAGAUUCAGGUAUGAAAUUGAUUGAAGGGGAAGACGAUCUAGAGUCACUUUCGACCCAAUUCGCUGAAAACGUUUUUUCAACUCCCAUUCCAGCCCCUUCUACUGAUUCUCACAAGGAAAAGGUCGAAGUCAACUUUGGAGUCUCCAUGGCUGCUUUACAAGGAUUCUUACUUAUUCACAAGAAGGAACCUCGUGUCGCAGCUUCCAAAUCUCUAGAAUGGGUUCAAACACUCAGAAGUGAGAUGGAAGAUAAAGAAAGGAAAAGAAGUGCGAGAAAAGCUGAAAGAGAGAAAGCCAAAGAAACACCUGCUCCCAUUACACCUAUAACCCCUGCGUCAAUCAUGAAGGAGCAGGGAAUCGAGUCACAAGGAAAGCACUGA